CCGAGAGCUCUGGUGGCUGCAGAUGCUGCCUGAAAAUGAAUAAAGACAAACAAAUCGAUGAAGAUGAUGAUGACAGCGAGCAGUUCGAAGAUUUUAUGGAGAAUUUUAACCAACUUGAACUGCUGGAGACGCACAGGCAUUUGAUUCCUGUAGGAACUCAGAGCUGUUGGUCAGGACAGUCUGACGAUGAUGAUGAUGAACAAGAAAGAAGUGAGGAAUGGUAUGAAAUGCAAGAAAAAAAAAUGGAAAAACAUCCAGAGAAGUUGCUACUCUGGGCAGCUGAAAACAAUCGGCUAAGUACAGUGAAGAGGCUCCUUUCCGAAAAGCUGGCUCCAGUUAAUGCUCGUGAUGAAGAUCAGUACACUCCUCUCCAUCGAGCUGCCUACAGCGGGCACUUGGACAUUGCCCAUGAGUUGGUGGCCCAAGGGGCAGACAUUCACGCGCAGACAGUGGACGGCUGGACGCCUCUGCACAGUGCCUGUAAGUGGAACAACACGAAAGUGGCCGCGUUCUUACUUCAGCAGGGCGCUGACAUCAACGCGCAGACAAAUGGCUUGCUGACACCACUGCAUAUCGCUGCAGGAAACAAAAACAGUCGGGAAACCCUUGAACUCUUGCUGAUGAAUCGCUAUGUGAAACCAGACCUGAAAAACAACUUGGAUGAAACAGCCCUUGACAUUGCUAGGAGGACUGAUAUAUAUCAUUACCUUUUUGAAAUAGUAGAAGACUGCAUCAAUGCUGUCUCCCCUUAAAAGUUGUGGUUAAGGUUGUGAACGUGAGGUUUGCUGCCUCUUGUUUCUGUUCUGCAUGCUCAUCAAUGGUGGUCUGGCCCUUUUGCAAGGAGGUUUUCUUCUAAGACACUUAGUUCUCCUCAGGCAAAAUGUCACUUCUGGCAAUUCAGCUCAGUAGUCUCGCUCAUAAUUUGAAGCAUUACUACUUUUGCUCAACAUGUUCAGAAAGUUUCAGUGUUUUCAGUGAGUCUCCAUUUAAUUACUUGAGAUUUGGAGGAGCUUUUGAAAUUGGUUUGUACUGUGAAAGCAGGAGGGAAAAUGGGAACAUUUACUUGAUGCAAAAGAAUUCUGGCUUGGUUAUGCAGGGUUUUACAGCUCACUUGAAUUUUUUUUUUUUCCCCAGAAAUCUAAAUUUUUAAAACUGCAUGAAAGCUCAGAAUGAAUGUAACUUAUUUGGGUGAUAUAAAAAAUGCGCAGUGAUCUCAG